CAGGCCCGUCUCCCUGACUCUGACUGUUAUACAUAGGCAGUGUCAGAGGCCUGCUUCAUUCAUGGAUUCCAUACUGAAGGAGUUCUCUACCUUGGUGCCAAGAGAUUUCUCUUACCUAUUGCCCUACAACAAUCUUCAGGACGGAGAAGGAUACAGCGCCAUUGACGUAUCCAGAGGAGGCUACGUGCAAGAUUCCAGGCUCCAACACGGCGAUCUCCUCCGACUAUCCGGCCCUGAAGACACCUGGAUCUUGUACAUUUGAGAGUACCAAAGGAUCCGGGCUUGAAAAAGAAACAACUCCAAGCCAUGUCACAAAAGUGCAGACAGAGGUGGUCAUCCCAGGGCCGAGUUCUUCAAAGCCGAAGUCUACAGAAAAGCCACGACUGGGGCCCGAUGCUGUCACGCCAGUAUCGAAAGAGGAACUAAAGAGGCUGAGAGGCCGAGAGGAUGCCCGGAAAUCUCGCCUGAAAAAGAAAGAGAGAUUGGAAACGCUCGAGACGAUGUGCAAAGAGUACAGGGCUACAAUACAGAUCUACCGGAAGGCGUUGUCCAUAUACCACCAGAAGCUAACAAAGGCUUCGGCCCUGUGGCGAUCCAGGGCUAUGACGUGGUACCCAGUUGUGGAGGGCACUCAGCAGUUUCAUAACCCUAUGGAGAUUGACUGUAUGCUACCAACUGAAGAUUUUUCCAGCAAAAUGUUUGCCAGCAGGUUUGCGGCAUCAUGUGGUCGCAUUCCGAUCACAGCAUUUGUGACAGGUCUAAGCCGCCCCACUCUCUCGCGACCUGUUAAUCCAAAUGGCUUGUACAGCAGAGUGCAAAUGUAUGCCUCCGAAACCAGAAGUGGAAUUGGUCGUCAUUCUAAAAGGAAAUCCAUGAAGGAGACACUUAUGGCCCCAGCUGGAGAUACAGCAUUCAACAUGGGCAAAGGAUUAGUGGCUGGAGGUGCUGUUGUAGGAAUCGGAGCUCUCUGCUUCUAUGGCCUGGGGCUCUCCAGUCAGCCAGGGGCGUUAGAGCGGUCUGUGACAUGGUCCCCCGUGGUGAGACAAAGGAUUCGUGACACCUACAUGUACUUUGGCGGUAGCUUAGCCAUCACUGCUCUGUCUGCUGUGGCAGCCGCCCGGAGCCCUGCAGUCAUGAACUUCAUGAUGAAGAAUUCCUUGCUGUCCAUCGGAGCAACUAUUGCUGCCAUGAUUGGUUCCGGAAUGGUGUGUCGCUCCAUUCCCUACCGAGAAGGAUUUGGCUCAAAGCAGAUGGCGUGGAUGGUGCAUGCUGGCAUUAUGGGUGCAGUCGUGGCUCCCCUCACUUUGCUCGGAGGGCCUUUACUUGUGAGAGCAGCUUGGUACACAGCAGGUGUGGUUGGAGGUCUUUCGGCAGUUGCCAUGUGUGCCCCAAGUGAGAAAUUCCUCAACAUGGGGGGAAUCCUUGGAGCUGGUCUCGGGGUUGUGUUUGUGUCUUCUCUGGGUUCUGCAUUUUUCCCGCCAACCACGGCCCUUGGAGCUGGUCUCUACUCACUGAGCAUCUAUGGAGGUCUUGUCCUGUUCAGCUUGUUCUUGCUCUACGACACACAGAGAAUCAUCAAGCUGGCAGAGGUCUAUCCUGUUUACGCAGAAAGGCCCUUUGACCCAGUGAAUGCGAGCAUCAGUAUCUACAUUGACACUAUCAACAUUUUUAUCCGAAUUGCCAUGAUGCUGGCUGGCCAAGGCAGCAGGCGAAAGUAAUUCCUUCACAGAUCUCUUCUCUAAUUUAUCAGCAAUGUUAUUUGAAGUAGAUCUCUGUCUGUACAAAGUGAUGAAAAUGAGACGUGAUGGACUGUACAUUGAUGGCUAAGUAUUUUUAGAAAUAUUUACUCAUGUUUGCACUGGAAACUAAUACCUUGGGAUGUCAACAAAAACAUAUUGUCCCUAUUUCCUAUUU